GCCUUAAAUUUCGCGUUCUCAUAGUCUCGCUCACUUCCAUCCCCGCUGUCUAUCUGUCUCUCUCUCUCUCCGGUCUGGAUCACGCCGUGCUCGAUCCUUCUUCCAUCACACCCAGGCACCUUUUAAGCCUCUUUCAUGGAGCCCGGCAGCUUCCCUCCUCCUCCUCCUUCUCAGACACCGCCGUACAGCGAGGCCCUGACGCAGAGGAUGAAGGGCGACACGUGCUUUAUCUGCAAGAACAAGGGCCACUGGAAGCAAGACUGCCCCCAGGGGAGCCCCGCCGCAAGCCCUUCCAAGGCGAAGUCCCCCACCGCCUCCUCCUCCUCCUCCUCUGACAUCCCGAUCCUGCAUUGCGGCUGCGGCGACGCCUGCUCCGUCCUUACCUCGACGACCGAAGGAAAUCCCAACGGGAAUUUCUACUUCUGCAGCAGACGUUCACAAUCGCAGCCGUCGUACAGCGAGGCCCUGACGCAGAGGAUGAAGGGCGACACGUGCUUUCUCUGCAAGAACAAGGGCCACUGGAAGCAAGACUGCCCCCAGCGGAGCCCCGCCGCAAGCCCUUCCAAGGCCAAGUCCCCCACCGCCUCCUCCUCUGACAUCCCGAUCCUCCAUUGCGGCUGCGGCGACGCCUGCUCCGUCCGUACCUCGAAGACCGAGAGAAAUCCCAACCGGAAGUACUACUUCUGUAGCAGAUGUUCACAAUUCCCGGAUCCGCAAAGGAAAAGGACUGGGUUUGUCGGAUGGUGUGACGAGUUUACUGCUCCUCAGUGUCCUUGUAAUGCGGGGAGAUGCCGCAUAUACACGGCUGCUGAACCUGAACACAACAAUCGGAAGUACUUCGGUUGCCGGAUCAAAAAGGGUCUCGGGGCUUGCCAAUUCUUCCAGUGGGUAGAUGAGUAUAGAGCUGUCCCAGCUCCGUCCGAGGCCCAUAGGAUGGAAAUUGAACCACCAGCGAUGGGUAAUCCUGAUAAUCCCGCAGAGAUUGCUGAUACCAAAGAUGAUGAGAUAGAAGAGCUGCUGAAUAGCAAGAAAUUGGAUGAAAUUAUGUUCAGCUUGUCUGUUCCAGAACAGAAAACAACUCAGGAUUUGCAGGAAAUGGUCAUUGAGGACGGAAGUGGAACUACGAGCCCUGACUCUGUUGUUGAAGAUUUAAGCAUGGAGGAGAUUGAUUUAUUGGAUCAAAUCUCGCAGAAUGAAAUUAUUACUUCCCACAUGGUAUCGCGGGAGUCCGAGAUUCAUCGUCGAGCUCUAUUGGAUAAAAUCUCACAGAAUGAAAUUGUAACUUCCCGCAUGGCAUCCCAGAAGUGGGAGAUUCGUCGUCAGCUGGAAGAGUUCAUGAAACGGAUUUUCGCCGUUGGAGAUGGGUUGAGUCAAGAUGGGUUGAAUUUAGUAUUGGGAGUACAAGUUAUGGGCUGGUGUGGUCGCAUUGCUUUCCCGCCAUCCCGAUUGAUAACAGACCCCCCACCAAAGCCUUUCUUCUGCUGCAUUUUCCCCUCUCUCAAAGCAAUUUGGGAAUCCAAUAACAUGGCUGUAACCGAUUACCGACGCCCGGACCUCCUAAUGGAUGUUCCUUCAGGACCUGGCCCCAGGGACUGUUUAUCCGGGGGUUUUCCUCAUGACUCAUGCCCCAAGAAGACUGAUGAUGGACAAGUGACACAGCUGCUAGUUUGGCUUGCCCAGCUGCUGAAUGGUGGGACCAUCAAUCAGCUGCCGAGCUUCAGAUGUGGAGGAAAGUAUAUGGAUAUAUUUCAGAGAACAGCAGCUGAUGUGCAGGACGAGUUCAUUGCCCAGCUCGAUUGCAUCGACCCACUCGACCUUGAUCUUCUGAGAAAUGAGGCAGUGGUGUGUUUUGCGACACUGGGCCUUCUCCACGCCCACGAAUGCAGAGAAUUCAUCUGCCGGGUGAUGCAUUACAUAGAAUGUGCAUCCUCGCUCGCAAAGAUCCAGAGGUCUGUUGACUCCUUGCAGUUGGAGGCGCUCAGGGACCGCCACUUGGAGGAGCAGAAACACUAUGAGGACCUGUCUCGGCUCCACAUCGAGAAGCUGAAAGCCUGCAGUGCUUCUGAGGAACGCUGCCGGGUGCUCAAAGAGACUGCGGAUUGGUACAGGAAGAUGCUGAGCGAGAUCGAGAGGGACAUAGCCAGAAGCGAGGCAGAAUCCUCUGAGCUAGCGAGGUGUCUCGUGAAGGUCAAUCAGGAGGUGAAUAAGUCGGGGAAGAGCGUGGAAACAGUGGCUCGGGAGGUCGAGGAAGCUCAGCGGAAGGAGAUGGAGAGGGCUGCAGCUAGGGAUGCCUUGGAGAAGGCAAAGUCCCUACUUAGGCAGCGAUGUACUUUUUAACUAUUAGAGGAUGUCUCAAGCUAAAAUUUAAAAUGAAGAUUAUGAAUGUAUGUAUGUCCUAUGUGUAGUAUUAAUUGUUAACUUGAAUGUAAGAUUAUGGAAAUUGUGCCAUGAUGAUGCUAAUAUAACUCAAAAACUUACUUAUGUAUC